AAGGAGAGCGCCAUUGGACCCCCACGUGCCAGCGACUGGCCCUCCCCUAGGAAGAGACGCGUUGGCCUGAUUCCACGGAGACGCCGAAUCUGCAGCCACGUCAAUCACGUCUUCACCACUGGCAGCGGGACGGCCUGGGUGGCCGGGAUGCCACUGUGUGCCCUGCCAGUCCACGGUGGAUCCUGAAGGGCAGGAGGACGGAGUGGUGGGGACGGAGUGUAGCAGGCUGGGAGGGCACCACACGUCUGGAGACAUGAACCUCUGCUGGAACGAGAUCAAACGCAAGUCCCUCAACAUCCGGGUGCGGCUUGAGGCGUUCUCAGACAACAGUGGGAAGCUGCAGCUCUCCCUCCAGGAGAUCAUAGAAUGGCUGACGGCCAAGGACGAGGAGCUGUCAGAGCAGCUGCCCAUAGGGGGUGACGUGGGGGCCGUCCAACACCAGAGGGAGUUCCACCAGGUAUUCAUGGAGGAUGUCAAGUCUCGGGGGCCGUUCAUCUACUCUGUGCUGGAGUCUGCUCAGGCCUUCUUGGCACAGCACCCCUUCCAGGAGCCCGAGGAGACGCUGCCCGACGGAAAAGAAGUGUCUCCGAGGAAGCGGAUCCUGAACGUGAGUCGUUCAGUGUGGAAGCAGGCCAACGUGGCCAGUGACCUGUGGGAGAAGCUGACUGCCCGCUGCGUGGACCGACACAGGCACAUGGAGCGGACCCUGGAGCGCCUGCUGCAGACCCAGGCAGCCAUGGAGGAGCUGGCGGUGGCCCUAGAACAGGCUGAGGGGGUCCGGGAUGCAUGGGAGCCUGUAGGGGACCUCUUCAUCGACUCACUGCAGGACCACAUCGAUGCCACCAAGUUGUUUAAGGAGGAGCUAACUCAGGUGAAGGAAGGCAUGAAGCACAUCAAUGACCUGGCUCAUGAGCUGGCCAUUUCUGAUGUCCAUUUGUCCAUGGACAACGCCCACUCCCUGGAGCACCUCAACAGCCGCUGGAAACUAUUGCUGGGCUCCAUUGAAGAGCGUCUGAAGCAGCUGCAGGAUGCCCAUAGAGACUUUGGUCCUGGAUCCCAGCACUUCCUCUCCAGUUCAGUGCAGAUACCCUGGGAACGCGCCAUCUCUCCAAACAAAGUGCCCUACUACAUCAACCAUCAGGGCCAGACGACAUGCUGGGAUCAUCCAAAAAUGACGGAGCUGUACCAGGCACUGGCGGAUCUAAACAACAUCAAGUUCUCAGCAUACCGGACGGCCAUGAAGCUGCGGCGGGUGCAGAAGGCUCUGAGAUUGGACCUGCUGACGCUGGUGAGUGUGGUGGACGUGUUCAGGGAGCAGGAUCUGCAGCAUGGGGAACAUGUGAUGGAUGUGGUGGAGAUGAUUCAUGCCCUGACUGGCCUGUAUGAGAGACUGGAGGAGGAGAGAAGGGCCAUCGUGGUCAACAUCCCUCUCUGUGUCGACAUGUGCCUCAACUGGCUGCUCAAUGUCUACGACAGUGGUCGCAAUGGAAAGAUGCGCGUCCUCUCCUUCAAGACGGGACUGGUGAGCCUGUGCAAUGCGGAUGUUCAGGAGAAGUAUAAAUACUUGUUCAGGCAGGUGUCUGGUCCAGGGGGUCUGACCGACCAGCGUCACCUCACUAUGCUGCUUUAUGAAGCCAUCCAGAUCCCGCGACAGCUGGGAGAGGUGGCCGCCUUCGGAGGGAGCAACGUGGAGCCCAGUGUACGCAGCUGCUUCCGCAUGGCCCCAGGUAAGCUAGCCAUCGAGGUAUCGCACUUCCUGGAGUGGAUGAGUCUGGAGCCUCAAUCUGUAGUGUGGCUGGCUGUUCUGCAGCGUGUGGCUGUGGCCGAGUCCGCCAAGCACCAGGCCAAGUGUUACAUCUGUAAACAGUGCCCCAUCAAGGGAUUCAGGUACCGCAGUCUUAAACAAUUCAACGUGGACAUCUGCCAGACGUGCUUCCUCACAGGACGCACCACCAAGGGAAAGAAGCUCCACUACCCCAUCAUGGAGUACUACACCCCAACCACCUCAGGAGAAAAGAUGCGGGACUUUGCCAAAACGCUGAAGAACAAGUUCCGGUCGAAGCAGUACUUUAGCAAGCACCCUCAGCGGGGCUACCUGCCUGUCCAGUCGGUGCUGGAGGCUGAGAACUCUGAGACGCCGUGCUCCUCUCCCAAGCUACCCCAUGCAGACACACACAGCAGAAUCGAGCACUUCGCUAGCAGGUUGGCGGAGAUGGAGAACCAGAAUUGUUCCUUCUUCACGGAUAGUCUGUCGCCUGAUGAGAGUCUGGAUGAAGAUCAGUACCUCCUGCGUCACUCCAGCCCCGGCACCCUGGACCAGGACUCCCCCAGCGGACAGCAGAUGCUGCUGAUCCACCUGGACUGUCAGGACAAGGACGAGCUACAGAGAACGCUAGCCCGUCUGGAGAAUGAGAACCGGGUGCUGCAGGGGGAGUGGCGGCGACUGAAGUGGAGGCAUGAGGAGGCGGCGGCGGCGCCCCAGCUGACGGAGGGGGGUGAGGGGUGUCCGGGAUCGCCCACGGGGGGCCAGCAGGACGAGGAGCUCCUGGCUGAGGCGAGGGUCCUUCGGCAGCACAAGACUCGCCUAGAGACACGAAUGCAGAUCCUGGAGGACCACAACAAACAGUUGGAGUCCCAGCUGCAGAGGCUACGAGAGUUAUUGCUGCAGCCCAAAGAUGAUUCGGAGGCCAACGGAUCGGAACCUUCAUCCCUGUCAUCUCCAGUGUCAGGGGGAGGCCGUCAGGGGGACGAACCCAGUAGAGAGACCACAGACACAGAGACCGCGGGAGAUGGAGAUGAGGAUCAUGAACAGGACACAGUGCAGCAGCUGCAGGAGGUCAUAGAGCAGCUGAGAAACGUCUUCCCUUCAGAACCUGGAGCAACGUCACUCAUCUAACCCAGGGCGGGGCCUGGAGUGCAGAGUGAUGCCUGAUUGGAUGCCUGAUGGCCCGUGCCCCAUAUAGCUGCCGUCAGAGAGCUGACCCCUCUCCCUCACCCCUGUGGGAGCCAAAGGCUAACGGCUAAUGCCAACGUCCAGGACCAGCCACGCACUAUGCUAACAAGCUAAGGCUAAUGGAUAAUGUUAGCGGUGCAGCCAGACACUGUGUUAACCAGCUAAGGAAGCUAACGGCUAACGCUAGCAGCCCAGCCAAGACACUGUGCUAACCAGCGUCUGUGUAGUUGCCCGAAGGUGUGAAGCCUUAUAUCUGUACAGCACAAGGACGUUCCACGAAAAUGACUUUGACACAAUGCAAAAACGGUUGGGGAUUUUCCCCAUGUUUUGUUCUGUCCGAGUGCCAGUAACUGUGUGCUCCUCUCAGUAUGUAUGUGUGUUUUCCUUAUUCCCCCCAAUGCGUUUCAAACUUCUCUUUUUUUUUUUUUAAAUGGGGCGUUCAUGUGCAUCACUGUUGAUUUGGGCCAGGCUGGCUGCAUUUCACGCGGCUGUGAUUGGGUGGCUGCGGCAGCCGUACCCCGAGCAGAACAGAGCAGAUUGCCGGGUAGCCAGCGGGACCCACAACGAGCUUAUUGACACUGUGGGACUGACACAUCAUCAGUAAAACCCAAUGAUUUAUUUAAGACAGCCAAAGUGCCCCCCAGGCCAGGCAGCGCUGCUUCUGUGCACUGUGAGUUUCACUGCUUCCAUCACACAGACACACGUGCGCAUUGUUUCAUAUGAACGCUCAUUCUGUACUAACACACAUUCAUAUCAACAUUCAUAUCACACAGGAAUACAAAAAACAGAUACACACACAGCCACACACACGCUUACACCCACAUCCACGAGCAGUGGAGCGAGAUAGGCUGUGAAUAUGCCUCGUAGUGUUCAGAAAGAGGGUCUCGAGUCGAGGCUAAUUUGUAUCAUACCUAAGUGUGUUUAUCUGAGAAAGCGUCUAGCGUUAAAUGCCGGGCCCUCCACUGUGGACUCUCGCCCCCCCCAAAAUCAACUCUUAGCCCUUUCUACAUGGCACAUCAUCUGAAAUGAUCAGAUAAGCAAUAUGCUAAUAACUUCACUUUUCCCUCUGCUGGGUGGAAGGCUCACCAUAUUUAUUCUAUAAACAUUUCAGGGGUACACAAAUGCCUAGGAUAGUAGGAGCUAGAGUCUGAUACGGGGUUGGGCUACCAUCACACCAGGAUCAUGUGACAAUCCAGGCAGAGGACAGUCUAUUUGCCUUAAACCCAAACAGAGCUCGUCACGGUCUAAUACGUGUGUUUUCAUGCUGCUACCUGAAACAUUAUUGAAUGGAGUUGGCCCUGGCUCCCACUUUCCCUCUCUUCUUUUCUCUUUUUAUGCUUGUGGCCAGAUGUUAAAGUACUGGCUUAGUGUGUUCACUCAGCGUUUUCACAAUCAGAGGACAAGAUUGGAUCAGUGGGGUGUUGUGGGUGGAUGUGGAUUUCAUACAAGGUGAGAUUCGGUUUAGGGGUCUGGGGCAUUUUGCAUUGUAUUUGUGGAUUUAGAGAGGCUUUAAGAGUAUGGAAAGGGAAGACAGUGGGAAUUCACAGCGCUAGAGCGGCCUAGCACCUGAGAGACUAGUUAGAAAAGGCUGGGGUCAAAUAGGGUUUUUUGGAGGCGUGGAGGGAGGACGGAAGGGAGGUGGAAGGGAGGCUCGGAGGGAGGUGGAAGGGAGGCUCGGAGGGGGUGGAGAUCUGAGAGACAAGAGAAAGAAAUGGUCCGUUUAUCACUCCUGGGCUGAGCUGAAAGGAGCGAUCCACUAUGAUGUGCUUGCCACAGCAAAUCUCCAGAAAGAGACAGACAGGAGGUGAGUUAUUUCCUGGGAAAGAGGAAAGAUGCUCUGGGUUUAUUAUGUAGCAUACCACUUCCAUAACCAUAAAGCUAUUACACCCACAUUCGCAGGGAGACAUGAUGCGAAUGGUUUCGAAUAAUCCAGAGAACGUCCUGACCUUAUUGGCCAAGAACAAGAUGUGUUUGAAUCCCAUCUCGGUAUUCGUUAGGCUUUAUCCCCUCCAGGCGCCAACGUUCACAUUUGACAUCGUUGAGCGCCGCUGUGCCUGUCUUGUUUGUUUUGAUGCCGUUGCUAGGGAACUGUCCCCCAAGGACACGGCGCUGCAGGUCGUGAGUCGGCAAGGUGGGGCGCCGUCCAUAAUGGAAAUGCUAAUAACCAUAUGGGGAAGAGAGAGUGCCACGUUUCCAUACCUCCCCCUGUCCUCCCCCACCUUAAUGAGGCCUGCCACUGUUUAGUUGGCAUACAGUAGAUAGUCGUUAUCAUCUGUUCUACCUUUUUCAAGCGCUGACAUGCACCGGCAUCCUUUCUUUCAUGUCAGGAUCCAGGAACAAAGAAGUGCUCGAGUGGGGGAAAAAAAACAUCCAACACGAAGAAAUGUUAACUCUUUAAUGUUAUACAUCUCAUUACACCUUGAUGAGCCACCCUGAACAUAGAGUACUCGAGGCUAUGACUAUAUGUAGGAGCGGCCACAUCGCAUCUCUCUCUGUGUGUGAAAUAAUGCAUCUAUUGAACUAUAGCUGGGAGAAGAGGUUAGGCCGAGAAACCAAAAGGAACUACCCAUAGGUCCUGUAGACCUAUAGAAAUGUUUUGUGUAUUUUGGACGAUAGUGAGGUAUGAGAGGCAAGGUGGAAUGAAUGUUUACGCCACUGUGGCAUGCAGUUCGUCAGACAGAACUACAGUUGAAGUCGGCAGUUUACCUACACUUAGGUUGGAGUCAUUAAAACUAGUUUUUCAACCACUCCACAAAUGUCUCCACAAGUCGGUUAAGACAUCUACUUUGUGCAUGACACAAGUAAUUUUUCCAGAAGUUUUUUACAGACAGAUUAUUUCACUUAUAAUUCACUGUAUCACAAUUUCAGUCAGUCAGAAGUUUACAUAGACUAAGUUGACUAAGUUUAACCAGAUUGGAAAAUUCCAGAAAAUAAUGUCAUGGCCUAAGAAGUUUCUGAUAGGCUAAUUGACAUCAUUUGAGUCAAUUGGAGGUGUACCUGUGGAUGUAUUUUAAGGCCUACCUUCAAACUCAGUGCCUCUUGGCUUGACAUCGUGGGAUAAUCAAAAGAACUCAGUCUGGUGCGAAAAGUGCAAAUCAAUCCCAGAACAACAGCAAAGUACCUUGUGAACAUGCUUGAGGAAACAGGUACAAAAGUAUCUAUAUCCACAGUCAAACACCAAGAACACCAUCCCAACUGUGAAACACGGGGUGGCAGCAUCAUGUUGUGGGGGUGCUUUGCUGCAGGAAGGACUGGUGCACUUUACAAAAUAGAUAGCAUUCAUGAGGUAGGAAAAUUAUGUGGAUAUAUUGAAGCAACAUCUCAAGACAUCAGUCAAGAAGUUAAAGCUUGGUCGCAAAUGGGUCUUCCAAAUGGACAAUGACCCCAAGCAUACUUCCAGAGUUGUGGCAAAAUGGCUUAAGGACAACAAAGUCAAGGUAUUGGAGUGGCCAUCACAAAGCCCUAAACUCAAUCCUAUAGAUAAUUUGUGGGCAGAACUGAAAAGCAUGUGCGAGCAAGGAGGCCUACAAACCUGACUCAGUUACACCAGCUCUGUCAGGAGGAAUGGGCCAAAAUUCACCCAACUUAUUGUGGGAAGCUACCUGAAACAUUUGACCCAAGUUAAACAAUUUAAAGGCAAUGCUACCAAAUACUAAUUGAGUGUAUGUAAACUUCUGACCCACUGGGAAUGUGACGAAAUAAAUAAAAGCUGAAAUAAAAUCACUCACUACUAUUAUUCUGACAUUUCACAUUCUUAAAAUAAAGUGGUGAUCCUAACUGACCUAAGACAGGGAAUUUUUACUAGGAUUAAAUGUCAGGAAUUGUGAAAAACUGAGUUUAAAUCCAUUUGGCUAAGGUGUAUUUAAACUCCCGACUUCAACUGUAUAUACAGCGGCAGGAAAAAGUAUGUGAACCCUUUGGAAUUACCUGGAUUUCCACAUAAAUUGGUCAUCAAAUUUGAUCUGAUCUUCAUCUAAGUCGCAACAAUAGAAAACGUUUUAUUUGAUUUAACUAGUCAGUUAAGAACAAAUUCUUAUUUUACAAUGACGCCCUAGGUACAGUGGGUUAACUAAACAAGAAAGGUGCUCAUGGGAGGACACCACGGAAGAAGCCACUGCUUUUUUUAAAAACACUGCUGCACGUCUGAAGUUUGCAAAAGUGCACCUGGAUGUUCCACAGCACUACUGGCAAAAUAUUCUGUGGACAGAUGAAACUACAGUUGAGUUGUUAGGAAUGGACACACAACACUAUAUGUGGAGAAAAAAAGGCACAGCACACCAACAUCAAAACCUCAUCCCCACUGAAGAGUAUGUUGGAGGGAGCAUCAUGGUGUGGGGCUGCUUUGCUGCCUCGGGACCUUGACAGCUUACUGUCAGACAGAAAAAUGAAUUCCAACGUUUAUCAAGACAAUUUGCAGGGGAAUGUUAGGCUAUCUGUCCUCCGAUUUAAGCUCAAUAGAAGUUGGGUGAUGCAACGGGACAACGACCCAAAACACAGAAGUAAACCAACAGAAAAGCUUCAACAGAAGAAAAUACGCCUUCUGGAGUGGCCCAGUCAGAGUCCUGACCUCAACCCGAUUGAGACGCUGUGGCAUGACCUCAAGAGAGCAGUUCACACCAAACAUCACAAGAAUAUUGCUGAACUUCUGCAGUUUUGUAAAGAGGAAUGGUCCAAAAUUCUUACUGACUGUUGUGCAUGUCUAAUCCGCAACUAUAGAAAACGUUUAUGUUGAGGUUAUUGCUGCCAAAGGAGGGUCAACCAGUUAUUAAAGCGAAGGAUUCACAUACGUUUCCCACCCUGCACUGUGAAUGUUUACACGAUGUGUUCAGUGUUCAGUUGUCUAUUGUUGUGACCUAGAUGAAGAUCAGAUCAAAUUUUGUGAUCAAUUUAUGCAGAAAUCCAGGUAUUUCCAAAAGGGUUCACAUACUUUUUCUUGCCACUAUAUAUUCACAUGGUCUGUUUGUAAUGCAGCAGAGCUGUAGCUCUUCACUGUGCCCCACUUACUCAAACUCCCAGAAGCCACUACUGUCUUUGUAGUGGCCCCCUGAAGACUAACCCACCAAAAGCGUUUUUUCUCUGAGGGAGUGUUAACAAUGAAUUAUACUGCCCACACCACGUCUCUCUGUAGUCAUAUGAUUAUCCAUCUGAGGCAUCUAAUGUUCUAAAAUAAAAUAGAACCAGUAACUCCCCGUAGCGCGACCGCACGCUGGGGAACUAGUACCACCAUCUUCAGUUGGAUUGAAGAGAAACGCUCGUCUCUGGAGACAGAGCGAGGCAGAGAGAGUUUAGAGAACAUGGUCAACGGGUGGUGCCCCCUGCUAUAUAUGGUGGGGUCAACCCGUUAACGAGCACGCUCAUUUAUCCCAACAUGCUGCGAGACCUUCCAUGUUUGAGUUCUGUGCACUCUGGCAUUGUUUACGAGACACAGCGAGGGUUGUUUGGCGCUCUGUAACACGGCAGGGCCAUGAAUCACCUGAACUCUUACGGGAAUCAGAGCUAUGACAACAUACACUAGCCUAUGCUACGACACAGGCAGAUGCCUCGCUGCCGAAAAAAAAAAAGCUCAUCAUCUCUAUUUUAAUUUCGAUCUGAAGUCAUUUUUUUAAAACUAACAUUACCACGCCUCAUUACGUGAUGAUUUGUUUGACUAAUGUGUCAAUGCCAUUUAUUUCAUUGUUUAUGUACUGUACUAACGUUCCUCCCUAUUGCUGUCCUCCCGGUCGGUUUUUAAUCUGUAUAAAACGUUUGUGAAAGAAAUGCCUUUUUAAUAACGAGUGGGUUACUGGCUGCUUUCUACUCUUUGUGUACAAAAGGAUAAAUAAAAUUUGUAUUUGCUACACA